AUGGGGGAAGCCCACAAUGGGAAGUUGCUGAAACACGUUACCUCCAAGACAUAUGUGACCAAAAUAGAAGAAGCUGCCAUCAUAAACAGCAUAGGGGAAGGAUGCACCAACAUGAAGCACAAGUAUGUUCAGUGCUUUAAUUACUGGUUUGCUGAGAAGUUCCUCAAGGGGGACAGCUCCGGAGACCUGUGCACCGACCUCUUCAAGUGCUAUCAGCACAGCAUUCAGAAAGCAAUAAAGGAGAAAGAGAUUCCCAUUGAAGGACUGGAGUUCAUGGGCCAUGGCAGAGAUAACCCUGAAAGCUCUUUUUGA